AAUAAAAAGAUCCACCGCUUUCUCUUUUCUUCUCACUCGAACAAACCUAAAAAGCCUCCUCUCUAAUAAUCAAAUCGCUGAUAUGGGAACACCUGAAACUUCUCGAGAGCCGUGUCCUGAUCGUAUUCUCGAUGAUAUUGGCGGCGCUUUCGGCAUGGGAGCCGUCGGCGGCUCCGUUUUCCACUUCAUCAAAGGCGUCCACAGCUCUCCAACCGGUACAAGGCUUAUCGGCGGAACUCAGGCCGUUCGCAUGAACGCUCCGCGUGUUGGUGGUAGCUUUGCCGUCUGGGGAGGCCUCUUCUCCGCCUUUGACUGCUCAAUGGUUUACCUCCGGCAGAAGGAAGAUCCAUGGAACUCAAUCAUAGCUGGCGCUUCCACCGGUGGCUUCCUAUCCAUGCGGCAAGGACUUGGCGCGUCGGCUCGCUCGGCUAUGUUUGGUGGCGUGUUACUGGCUUUGAUUGAAGGAGCUGGGAUUAUGCUGAAUAAGGUAAUGAGUGCUCAACAGGAUAUGCCUGUUAUUAUUGAAGAUCCUGUUCCUGCUAUGGCCGGUGGGCCUGGUUUUCCUAUGGGCCAGCCCCACGCCCAGACCCAAGAGGGUGCAUCUGUGAGUGGUUCGGAGUCGGGUUCGUGGUUGGGUGGGUGGUUUGGAGGAGGGAAGAAGAAGGAAUCAGAGGCGAGUAGUAGUGGAAGCAAGACUGAGAUUUUAGAGAGUUUUGAUGCUCCACCAGUACCAAAUUUUGAAUACAAGUAACAAAAAAUGAAAAGGAUGAGCUUGUUUAGGGUUCUAUCAACUUGUUAUUAGGAGGUAAAGAUUUUGGAACUUGCGAAGGUCCAAACUUGCUGUACUGGAUUGUUGUCCUCUUUAAAUCUAAUUUCUCUGUUUGGAUUAUGAAACAGAGUAGCAUCAAUGUAUAAUAAUUCACUGCCAA